CACACACAAAAACGAUGAUAAGCAAAAUUUAGGUCCUCCAUAGUCUCCCCUUUUAAAGUCAACUUAUGAAAUCGACUAUAUAAACCUCACAAAUAUAAUCAAAUCUUCAAACUCUCAUAACCAUGGCUGAACAUUUCAUUUUGUUUUCGGUUUUGCUGUCCCUACUUGCAUCUUCGGUUUCGGGUCAGGUGUUUUGGAGUGUAAAUUGCGGGGAAUCGGAGAUAUACACCGAUGGUAACCUAAUGGUUUGGACGCCAGAUGAAACUUUAGUUUCAAAUGGGUUUGCUCGAGUAGUUCAAUCAACUAACUCGAUAUCUACGGUGUUAGACUCUCUUAGAGUUUUUACUACUCGAAAAAAGAACUGUUAUUCUACCCCAGUUACAAAAGGCGAAAAAGUGCUAGUUCGGGCAAGUUUCAAUUAUGGAAACUAUGACCGAUUGUCAAGUCCUCCAACAUUUGAUCUCCACUUUGAUGGCAACUUUUGGACAACUGUCGAGACUACGAAUAGCGGGUUACAAAUGUACGAAGUCACUUACGUUACAAAAGGAGACACCGUUAGCGUGUGUGUGGCUCAAACAAAGUCCGGUCAAUUCCCUUUCAUGUCCGCUCUCGAAGUCCGUAGUGUUGACUCUGACGUUUAUAGUAUACUCGAUGAAAAUCGGGCUUUGUUCUUGAUCAAUAGGGUUUCCUAUGGUGCAACUAGAACCUUAAGAUUUCCGCAAGAUCCGUAUGACCGAAUAUGGAUACCCGCCCUUGGGGGAACCAAGGCGGUUACCAGUGAUGCAACUUUUGUUGACCCGACCGGAACCAAUAAUCCCCCAUCGGGAAUUUUUGAUAACGCGAUUGUAGCAGACAGUACUGCUGAGAGUUUGCUUUUGGCGACAGUUUCCCCAUCGAAUACUCUCGUCUAUAUAACAACUUACUUCUCCGAAGUAAACAACCUCGACAUUACUGGUGAAUCGAGGUCAUUUAGGUUUUACGAGACGACAACUGCAUCAAGUAGUUCAAUAUCAGAUCCAAUUUCACCACCUUAUGGGAGUAUGUUCGAACGCCACCUUUAUAAUUACUCUGUCGAUUCCAUCACCAACAUAUCUUUAAUAGCUACCACUACUUCUGAUCUCCCUCCUCUCAUAAACGCCAUUGAGGGAUUCAAUAUUAGUGGACUUUUAACUGAUGGGACUGAUAGCAAUGAUGUGGAGGGUUUAUAUUUGUUACAAAACACAUUCGACGUGUUGGGAGAAUGGAGUGGUGACCCGUGUCUUCCUGCACCAUACUCAUGGGACUGGCUCAAUUGUAGCAACGAGACACCACCUCGCAUAACCUCAUUGUUUCUUGAUGGCUUCGCGCUUUCGGGCGAACUUCCAGACAUUAGUUCCAUGGAUGCGCUCCAGACAAUUGACUUGCACAAUAAUAGCUUGGAUGGAGAAAUUCCUAGUUUCUUUGGUACCAUGACUAAUCUCCAACAACUGAAUUUGGCAGACAAUGACUUUAGUGGACCCAUACCCACUUCGUUAUCAAAGAACAACAAACUGAAAUUAACUGUCACUGGAAACCCUUCUGUGUGUACAUCCGGUAAGUCAUGUUCGACUUCUCCGGGGAGCACCACCUUAACUCGCAGCAAGAAAACGAAAAGCAGCAUGUUACCAGUAGUACUCGGCAUUACGAUCCCGAUAUUCUUUCUCAUCUGGGUAGCUGUGGGUUUGUUCAUCAUUUUGCGAAAGAAAAAGAAACCAGUGAUCAAGGCCAUUAAUAUUAUGCCAAUUGCUUCUGGGUAUACAGCCGGCGGAGCAAAUGGGAAUCCAAGUGGCGGAGCAAAUGGCAAUUCCGAUGACUUGCAUAAAAACAGUGAAGAAGUGAUGAAUGAUGGGACAGUGGAACAUGGGAUGCAAACAACUAUGGGAUCGCCUUCACCGUUACUUGAUAAUUCUGGUCAAACUAGCGAUAUGUAUGGAGACACAGGAGUACGUAAUAUCACCGGCUAUUACUUGUUUUUGCCCGUUUUAACCGGUUGCAUCGUUUUUACUCAGUGUUACUCAUUUAAAGCUAAUUACGUGGAUUCUUACGUGGCCAUUACUCCCCUUUCUCAUUUAAUUAGGGUUCUAUACGUUCAAUUUCAACAUAAUCACCUCCCGAUUGUAGAUUCGAUUCACCAAAUUCACCAUAAUCACGCAUUGAAGUCGACUGUAAGAUGGCGUCCCAAUCAUCUACAGGAGUUUGUUGAAGCUACUUAUACUCCUGAAGCUGAGUUGGAUGUCUACAUUGACCAACAAAAUGAUCCAAUCCUUGAUUGGGCUGAAAAUGAGGUGUUAUCAGAUGGUAAUGGGUAUGAUAGUGAAGAAGAGGAUGAGAAUGUAGAAGAGGAUGAUAGUGAAGAAGAUGAUAACUUGGAUGGUAUUAUGGCAUAUGAGCAUGAAGAUGAUGAAGAAGUCCAUACCUUUAACAAAACUGUUGGUGAUGAUUUUUUAAACAAACUUUCAGGUAAGCUUAGUGAUGAUGAUCAACCUAAUGAUGGAAAAGAUGAGAAGGUUGUAUUCUUUGUCCAUGAUGAGAACCAAGCAUGGGAUAAGAUGAUGCCAAUUCUAGGUGUGAAGUUUGCAAACCCAAUGCAAUUGAAGCUAUAUUUAACCAAUGAUGCAAUGAAGAAUGGGUAUGACUUGUGGUAUGAAAAAAGUGAUCAUAACAGGUUACUGGUGAAGUGUUGUAAAGGUAGGAAGAACAAGAAGAAUAAAGGUUGUCCCUUUAGGUUGUGGGCAACUUGGAUGAGCAAUGAAAGGUCAUUCCAGAUUAAAUCUUUAAUUGAUAACCACAAUUGCUCAAGAGUCUUCAAAUUUAGGUCCAUUGUUACCUAUAAAUGGACAGGUAAUCAUUUCAUGAAUCAGAUUCUCCAGAAACCAAAAAUGAGUGUGAGGAAAUUGAAGGCUAAAGUUAGCAAGACAUUUAAUUUGAUUGCAAGUGUGGGACAGUGCAGAAAUGCAAGGAGGUAUGCAUUUAAGGAGAUAAAGGGUACUUUACAGGAACACUAUGCUAAAACUUGGAGCUAUGGAGAAGAGCUAAGAAGGACUAACCCUGGAUCAAUAGUGAAGAUGGAUGUAGAUGCCAUUCUUGAUGGAGCCACUUACUUCUCAAAGUUCUAUGUAUGUUUAAAGGGUGUGAAGGAUGGAUGGAUUAAAGGUUGUAGAAGGGUAAUUAGACUAGAUGGCUGCUUCUUAAAAGGUGUUUGCAGAGGUCAGUUGCUUGCUGCUGUAGGUAGGGAUGCAAACAACCACAUCUACCCUCUUGCUUGGGCUGUGGUUGCAGUUGAGAGUAAGGAAACAUGGAAGUGGUUUGUUGACCUUCUCCUUGAUGACAUUGGAAUGGGAAAUGGAUAUUGGUUGACAUUAAUAUCAGACCAGCAUAAAACUGAUAUGGCAUGUGAUGCAUAUGAGAAUGGUGUUUUUGAGAGUUUUAACUCAAUCAUUGCAGCUGCCAGGAAGAGACCUCUAAUCACUAUGUUAGAGGAAAUUAGAAUUUAUGUGAUGGAGAGACUGUGUAGACAAAAAAUUAAGGGAAGUUCUUGGGGAGACUUAAACAUAUGUCCUACCAUCAGACUGAAAUUGUCCAAGAUUAAGGAACUUCAAAGAUUUUGGAGAGUUGUACCAUCUGGUUAUCAACAAUUUGACGUGAGACUUUUACAAGAUGCAUAUGCUGUAGACCUUGGUAAGAAAACAUGUGGGUGUAGAGGUUGGCAGUUAACUGGUUACCCUUGUGUACAUGCAUAUGCUGCAAUUUCAAACCUCAAUAGGGAUCCAGAGGACUAUGUAUCACCAUGGUUGACCACAACAAUGUUUUGUAAUACCUACAUGUACACCAUUAAGCCACUAAAUGGUAGUGAUAUGUGGCAUGAUGUGGAUUACAUCAAGCCAUUGCCUCCCAAAAGGAGAAGAAUGCCAGGAAGACCAUCAACAAAAAGGAAAAGGGAUCAGAUUGAGAAUCACGGCAUAAUAAAGCAAAAUGUCCUCAAAAACCAAUUGGGGAAUCCUCAAAUCCAAAGUCAAAGUAAAGUGAAGGUUGAAUUUGAAGAGGGUAAUCAAGAAGUUGAUUUGGAAAGUGAUAGUGAUAGUGAAGUUCAAAGGGAGCCUGAUAGUGAAGUGGAGUCUUAUGAAGUUGAUUUUGAAGAGGGUAAUCAUACAUAUGAAGAUGUAGACCAACCUGAGGUUGAAGCUGAAGAACAGGUUGAAGUUGGAGGGGUUGAAGAACAGGUUGAAGUUGAAGAACAUGUUGAAGCACUUGUUGAAGUUGAAGUUGAAGAAGGUGAAUACCAGGCUGGAGAUGUAGAUCAAGUUGAACAGGUUGAAGUUGAAGUAAUUCAAGAUCCAGUUGGACAAGAUGACUAA